GCGUGCGCGAGACUAAACUGCGUCGAGUCGACCCGCUGCUGUCACGAGCCCUGUCCAGGCAACCAAGAAGAGGCUUGCGGAUAAGACUUGCUCUAUAUUACUGACGAGCUCCUAUUUACCACGCUUUGCAAAUUGUUUAAUAUAACUGGAAUCUUAGUCCAUAUCGUUGGUGGGGAAUUACGACCAUUCGAGGAGUGAUUACGUUCGAUUGGUCAUGUAUUCCAGCAUUUGAAUGAUAUUGCUAGCCAGCUAGCUAGCUAGCUGUUUAGCUAGCUUGACCGUGAGUGAAUCGAAGCUAACAUACAUUUUCGGAAAACAUUUUCAACGACACAUUCCUGGUCCUAUUUUUCUGCGGAAUUUUCUGUCAUAGGCGGUUCAACCCGGGCUAUUUUUUUUACUGUGGAUGUCGUGCGCUGUCAUAACCAGCAGCUCGUAUUGCUUCCAAUCUGUCAUCGGAAGGGAUUGAAUGAAAUAGCUACCCAUAAUCGGCGGAAACGAGCUAGUUAACGGGGAUACCCUGCUGCUAGUUGAUCCACCGCCAUCGGGCUAAUCUAGCCGAUGCUAUCUUCGGUCACCAACGCAAGUCUAGAGCAAGUUCAAUAGCUAAUCACAAAGUUAUCGUUCCCGGUUGCGUCUGAUCGGUCUGUUUCGCUGUUAUAACGGAGUUUAUUGCUGGGCUCGUUGUCGUUCAGCGGAACAUUUGUAUUUCAACGCACGGGCAGUCGGAAAAGCUGACCGACGCCAGUUCAUUUGCACCAGAGAGGUCGGAGUGAACAGAGAAUCCUGCAAAAAUGCCGGCGGUGUCGAAGGGAGACGGGAUGCGCGGACUGGCCGUGUUCAUAUCCGAUAUCCGUAAUUGUAAAAGCAAGGAAGCCGAGAUCAAGCGGAUCAAUAAAGAGCUGGCCAACAUCCGCUCCAAGUUUAAGGGGGACAAGGCCCUGGAUGGCUACAGCAAGAAGAAGUAUGUCUGCAAGCUGCUCUUCAUAUUCCUGCUCGGCCAUGACAUCGACUUUGGACACAUGGAGGCUGUCAACCUUCUCAGUUCCAACAAGUACACAGAGAAACAAAUUGGCUAUCUGUUCAUUUCAGUGCUGGUGAACAGCAACAGCGAGCUGAUCCGACUGAUCAACAACGCCAUCAAGAACGACCUGUCCAGCCGCAACCCCACCUUCAUGUGCCUGGCUCUGCACUGCAUCGCCAACGUCGGCAGCAGGGAGAUGGCCGAGGCCUUCGCCGGGGAGAUCCCGCGCAUCCUCGUGGCCGGGGACACCAUGGACAGUGUGAAGCAGUCGGCCGCCCUGUGUCUACUGCGUCUCUACAAAGCCUCCCCGGACCUGGUGCUGAUGGGCGAGUGGACCUCCCGCGUGGUGCAUCUCCUCAACGACCAGCACAUGGGCGUGGUGACGGCAGCCAUCUCUCUCAUCACCUGCCUCAGCCAGAAGAACCCAGACGAGUUCAAGACCUGCGUGUCCCUGGCCGUCUCCCGGCUCAGCAGGAUCGUGUCGUCGGCCUCCACCGACCUCCAGGACUACACCUACUACUUUGUCCCGGCGCCGUGGCUGUCCUGCAAGCUGCUGCGCCUGCUGCAGUGCUACCCGCCGCCAGAGGACGGCGCCGUCAAGGGCCGGCUGGUGGAGUGCCUGGAGACCAUCCUGAACAAGGCCCAGGAGCCGCCCAAGUCCAAGAAGGUGCAGCACUCCAACGCCAAGAACGCCAUCCUCUUCGAGGCCAUCUCCCUCAUCAUCCACUAUGACAGCGAGCCCAACCUGUUGGUGCGGGCCUGCAACCAGCUGGGCCAGUUCCUGCAGCACCGCGAGACCAACCUGCGCUACCUGGCGCUGGAGAGCAUGUGCACCCUGGCCAGCUCCGAGUUCUCCCACGAGGCCGUCAAGACGCACAUCGAGACCGUCAUCAACGCGCUCAAGACGGAGAGGGACGUGAGCGUGCGUCAGAGGGCGGCCGACCUGCUCUACGCCAUGUGCGACCGCAGCAACGCCAAGCAGAUCGUGGCGGAGAUGCUGAGCUACCUGGAGACCGCCGACUACUCCAUCCGCGAGGAGAUGGUGCUGAAGGUGGCCAUCCUGGCGGAGAAGUACGCGGUGGACUACUCAUGGUACGUGGACACCAUCCUCAACCUGAUCCGCAUCGCCGGGGACUACGUCAGCGAGGAGGUGUGGUACCGCGUCAUCCAGAUCGUCAUCAACCGCGAUGACGUGCAGGGCUACGCCGCCAAGACCGUGUUCGAGGCUCUGCAGGCCCCUGCCUGCCACGAGAACAUGGUCAAGGUGGGAGGCUACAUCCUGGGAGAGUUUGGUAACCUCAUUGCUGGAGACCCCCGCUCAAGCCCUCUGGUCCAGUUCAACCUCCUCCACUCCAAGUUCCACCUGUGCUCGGUGCCCACGCGGGCCCUGCUGCUCUCGGCCUACAUCAAGUUCAUCAACCUGUUCCCCGAGACCAAGGCCACCAUCCAGGAGGUGCUCCGCUCCGACAGCCAGAUCCGCAACUCGGACGUGGAGCUGCAGCAGCGCGCGGUCGAGUACCUCAAGCUGUCCUCCAUCGCCAGCACCGACGUCCUGGCCACAGUGCUGGAGGAGAUGCCCCCCUUCCCCGAGAGAGAGUCGUCCAUCCUGGCCAAGCUGAAGAAGAAGAAGGGCCCGGGGGUGGUGCCGGUGUCCGAGCUGGAGGACGGGAAGCGGGAGGGCGGGGAGCUGAACGGAGGGGGGGACAGGGGGCCUGAUUCCGCCAUGUCGGCCUCCAACGCCUCCACCCCCUCCCCGUCCGCCGACCUCCUGGGUCUGCGCUCCGCCGCCCCGGUCAGCGCCGCCGCCCCGAGCGCCGGCAGCCUAUUGGUCGACGUGUUCUCUGAGUCCGGCGCCGGCGGGCCUGCCGCCGCGGUCAACGACGACGGCUUCCUCAGAGAUCUGGAACCGCCCACGGAGACCUCUGACACCCUAUUGGUCGAGGCUCCUGGUGACUCUGACUCUGUCCCCCCUUCUGCGGCUUCUGAGGACCUCGCUCCCCCUCUGCCCGAGGCGGACGAGCUUCUGAACAAGUUUGUGUGCAAGAACAACGGCGUGCUGUUUGAGAACCAGCUGCUGCAGAUCGGGAUCAAGUCGGAGUACCGUCAGAACCUGGGGAGAAUGUACUUGUUCUACGGCAACAAGACGUCCGUGCAGUUCGCCAGCUUCAGCACCACAGUCAGCUACCCCGGGGAGCUGCAGUCUCAGCUCAACGUUCAGACCAAGCCGGUGGAGCCCCUGGUGGAGGGAGGGGCGCAGGUGCAGCAGGUGCUCAACAUCGAGUGCAUCACCGACUUCUCGGAGGCCCCGCAGCUCAACAUCAAGUUCAGGUACGGGGGGGCCCUGCAGAACCUCACCCUCAAGCUGCCCGUCACCAUCAACAAGUUCUUCCAGCCCACGGAGAUGGCCGCCACGGACUUCUUCCAGCGCUGGAAACAGCUCAGCCAGCCGCAGCAGGAAGCACAGAAGAUCUUCAAGGCCAACCACGGCAUGGAUACAGAGGUGCUCAAGGCUAAGCUGCUGGGUCUGGGCACGGCCCUCCUGGAGAACGUGGACCCCAACCCGGAGAACUACGUGUGCGCCGGCGUGGUCCAGACCAAGUCGCAGCAGGUGGGCGUGCUCCUGCGUCUGGAGCCCAACGCGCAGGCCCAGCCUGGCGUCCAGAUGUACCGGCUGACGCUGCGCAGCAGUAAAGACACGGUCUCCAAGCGGCUGUGCGACCUGCUGGCGGAACAGUUCUGAGCGCGCGCUGAGGGGGAGGAAGAUGAAGUCCCUCCCAGCCCCCCGCCCCACCCCCCCACCCCCCCACCCCCCCACCCCCCCACCCCCCCACCCACCCUGUCCGACUCCAUCAUAGUUUCCAAGUAAACAAGGAAGUAAAAAGGUGUAACCGACCAAUAAGGGAAGAAUAACAAGUACAAAAAGAAAAAAAAUAAUGUUAAAAAAAAUAAAUAAAUAAGCAGCUGCUGCCGUGUGCGCGGUCAGGCAUGUUAUUGUCAUUGCUAUUGUCACCCUGUGUGUGUGUGUGUGUGUGUGUGUGUGUGUGUGUGUGUGUGUGUGUGUGUGUGUGUGUCCGUCCAGAGUCGUGCUGGCGUGCCCCCCAGGUUAGUUCCCGUCACACCCGUCCCCCUCCCAGCCGCCCCGCCCCUUCACUUCCUGUAGUGGCGACGACUGCUGGCACCGAGUGGACAUUACAAGCUAUGCUUGCUAGCGAAAUAAGGUGUGCGGGAGACGGCGUGUCUGCGGGAGGCGCGCGCCCUCGGCUGCUGUCGAUGUGGGAUCCUGGAUCAUUUCAAACGGGCAGACACUCACUUUCCAUGGGCUUGAUGUUUGUUCUCGUCUUGUUCAUGCUGGCUCACGGCGCAGGGUCAAGGGGCCCGGGUCGAGUGGGAACCACACUAAUACAAGUCCGACCUCAGGGGUCUGAACUAAGCUCUGCAAUCAUACCCCCCGGCCCUCCCUCGCCCUCACCACCAUCACUAACAUUCCCAGCAGGGUUGUCCCCUCAAUGUCCCCGUCGUUCCCCGUCAUUCCCCGUCUCCUGAACUCCGCCUACUCAAUUCCAGUGGAAAUGGCCAGUGCACUUUCUAGGCGUCUUCCGGAGACCUGCCCUUCCUUCUAAUCCUUGGCAUACACUUUAACUCCACCUUGCCCUGGAGAGCCCUCCCCAAACCCUCCCUCCCCUCGCUUCCAUUCGGGCAUAUAUAGUUAAUAUAGAGAAGUCAUGAUUCUGCUCGUGUUGUUUAUGAAAAAUAUAAAUCAUGUAAUUAAGUAUGCAGUUUUUUUUUUGGUUGUCUUUUGUAGUUUUGAUCAACUUGUCUUUUUUGUUUUUUUGUUUCACUGCUUUGUUUUUUUUGUUUCUUCCUAGUGGACUUAUUGACGUGUUCCUGUGAUGCGUUUGUGUCUCGACAGUUUGUGUGCAUUGAUCUUUUUUGCAUUCUAGUACAUUCCUUUGUCAGGCUUGUGUUUAUGUCAUUGGAAAAAAAAAAUAAGGCGAGUAGCGGGCGAGGUCCCGCUCUGGAGACGCGCGAGACGGGCCGCCGACCAGAGAACACGGGCGUGCGUUGAGUAGGAGUGAGCGAGCCCGCCUGCGUAGUCGUAGCAGGCUCACGCUGGUCGGGUUUACAGUGUUAAAACAGAAACGCCAGGGUGGUGUCGUGUCAGAGCGAGUUUGGCUUCCAGCUGGGUUUGCUGUUCUUUUUAACCGUCCCCCGGGUCUGACAUUCGUCCAGGUAAACGCUUCUGGCUGUCCCUCAUUUUUAUUUAGUUUUUCCGUUGGGGAUUUAGCGCUAUGAAUUUGAGACUGCCCUUUUUGACGUGUGAUGGCGUGACACGUUUUAGACUGAGCAGCGCAGCAGUACUAGGCCAGGGACGGUGGUAGACGAGCACGUUUUAAAUAGGAGAGGACGCAUUAUCAAUCCCCAAACAUGGUCUCAAUGCGCAGGCCCUGCUGUGCGCAAACCCUCACACACACACAUAGAGUACUCGGGAGGUGAUUGUGAUCUGCUUCGUAAUUAAUUACAUUUUUUACUCCAACAAUCUUGGUAGGCUGUAUCCAAUGGCACUUGAUCUUAUUUCGUUAGUACACAUUUCAGAAAGGUUGAUGACUGAAUUAAACUCACCCUUCCCUACCCUUCUUGCAUAAACACACACCGGCACCCUGUGUGUGUGUGUGUGUGUGUGUGUGUGUGUGUGUGUGUGUGUGUGUGUGUGUGUGUGUGUGUGUGUGUGUGUGUGUGUGUGUGUGUGUGUGUGUGUGUGUGUGUGUGUGUGUGUGUGUGUGUGUGUGUGUGUGUGUGUGUGUGUACCCCAAAAAUGACAUUUAUGAUACAAACUCAUAUUAGUUUAACAGGUAUUGUGCCCUGCGUCGCUAUACACGCCACUCACAGGAAGUUGACCAUCGUAGUGAAAAUAUAUAGUCAUUUGUGAGUGUGUUUGCGUGCGUGUGGGUCUAUGCAGUAUCCGCUAGCUAAUGCAGCCCCGUGUAUCGGUGUUAAAUCCUGUCAAAUACCUGUGUUAGAUUUAAGAUUUACUCUGUACUGAAAAAUGUGAAAGUAAAACUAUGCCAUAUACUCAA